CCCACAUGGAUGAUUGAGAGAGAGAGAGAGAGACUGUGGUACAUGUCUUUGUACACAACACACAGCCCCCAUUAUUUAUAUUUAUGACCUCAACAUCAGCACAACAACAAAGAAGCCAAAGAAAGAGAAGCAGCAGUGGCAGCAAGCACCAUUACAACACAACAUUCACAAACACACAUAUAUAGACCCAACAAGGAAACACUGCUCAAAAACUUAACUUGAUGCCAAAGUUUGUAACUUUUCAUUUUUCCUAAGCAACUUUACCAUUAAAAACGGUAACGGGUGUGUUGUGAUUCUUGCUUUUGUGAGCACUAGUGAUAGAGAGAGAGAUGAAGAAGAAUGAGAGUGGUGGUUAUGUAAGAGCGGAUCAGAUAGAUCUGAAGAGCUUGGAUGAGCAACUACAAAGGCACCUGAGCAGAGCAUGGACGAUGGAAAAGAACAAAGAGAAGCAGCAGCAAGAAGAUGAUGCUGCCAUGGCCGCUGCUGCUGCUGCUGCUGAAGGAGCAAGGUCAUCAUCAAGAACAAGGCAAGAAUGGGAGAUUGACCCUUCCAAGCUCCUAAUCAAGUCUGUCAUUGCUCGUGGAACUUUUGGCACUGUUCAUCGUGGUGUUUAUGAUGGCCAAGAUGUUGCAGUUAAGCUUCUUGAUUGGGGGGAAGAGGGCCAUCGUUCCGAAGCGGAAAUAGCUUCUCUGAGGGCAGCUUUUACACAAGAAGUUGCUGUUUGGCAUAAGCUUGACCAUCCUAAUGUGACCAAGUUCAUUGGGGCGACAAUGGGAACAUCGGAUCUACAGAUACAAACAGAGAAUGGUCACAUAGGCAUGCCGAGCAACCUCUGUUGUGUUGUGGUUGAGUAUUGUCCCGGAGGUGCGCUGAAGUCUUAUCUCAUUAAAAAUCGGCGAAGGAAGUUGGCUUUUAAAGUGGUUGUCCAACUGGCACUUGACCUUGCAAGAGGGUUGAGUUAUCUCCACAUGAAGAAGAUUGUUCACCGAGAUGUUAAAACGGAAAAUAUGCUUCUGGACAAGACGCGAACCUUGAAGAUAGCUGAUUUUGGUGUAGCUCGCAUCGAGGCUUCCAAUCCUCAUGACAUGACUGGUGAAACCGGAACUCUUGGUUAUAUGGCUCCUGAGGUUCUAAAUGGUAAUCCAUACAAUAGAAAGUGCGACGUGUACAGUUUCGGUAUAUGCUUAUGGGAGAUCUACUGCUGUGACAUGCCAUAUCCUGACCUUAGUUUCUCGGAAGUAACAUCGGCCGUCGUACGACAGAACCUGAGGCCGGAGAUUCCGCGUUGUUGUCCAAGCUCUCUGGCAAAUGUGAUGAAGAGAUGCUGGGAUGCCAAUCCCGAUAAGCGGCCGGAGAUGGACGAAGUGGUGUCGAUGCUGGAAGCUAUCGACACCUCAAAAGGCGGAGGUAUGAUCCCUCUUGAUCAACCUCAGGGUUGUUUAUGUUUCCGGAGGUAUCGAGGACCUUGAACAAGAUUUUUCAUACUAUCAAGGAAUCUAAUCGAUUGCAAGAAAGGGAAGCUAUACAAAAUCAGUUUGUAAUUUGAUUUUCAUUCAAAGGAUAGAAGAAGAAGAAGAGAGUGAAGAAGAGUGUGAAAGGCAUAGGUAAAUGAAGAAGAGCUCUAAUAUAUACUUUUUGUAAAGCUAAUUUGUGCUCUCCUCAUUGCAUCCAUUUUUAUGAUAUAAUUUCUAUGUAAGUUCCUCUCAUACACUCUUGGAAGUAGUAGCACUCCAACACCAAUAUCAAGGAUGGUUGGUUCAGUUCA